UUCUCUCUCUACUCUCUUCAGCUCUCUUCUCUCCCCCAAAUCCCUAUCCCUAUCUUCUUCUUCUUCUUCUUCUUCUUCCUCACCUGAAGAAGUGACCCAGCUAGUCUAAAUCCGCCAUGGCAAUCUCAACAGCAGCUGCAGCUUCAGCUAAGCUCACAUGCCCCUAUGCCUCCUCACCUUCCCCAACCCCCUCUUUCUCAAUUAGACCCACCUCCAAGCUCUCCUCCUCCUUCCUAAACCCCUCCACCAUCCUCCACCUCACCCCCACCUCCACCACCACGCGCCACAGCCUCACGCGCCGCUCCUUCACCGUGAAGGCCGCGCGUGGCAAGUUCGAGCGCAAGAAGCCCCACGUCAACAUCGGCACCAUCGGCCACGUCGACCACGGCAAGACCACCCUCACCGCCGCCCUCACCAUGGCCCUCGCCUCCAUGGGCAACAGCGUCGCCAAGAAGUACGACGAGAUCGACGCCGCCCCCGAGGAACGCGCGCGUGGCAUCACCAUCAACACCGCCACCGUCGAGUACGAGACCGAGAGCCGCCACUACGCCCACGUCGACUGCCCCGGCCACGCCGACUACGUCAAGAACAUGAUCACCGGCGCCGCCCAGAUGGACGGCGCCAUCCUCGUCUGCUCCGGCGCCGACGGCCCAAUGCCCCAGACCAAAGAGCACAUCCUCCUCGCCAAGCAAGUCGGCGUCCCCAACAUGGUUGUCUUCCUCAACAAACAGGACCAGGUCGACGACGAGGAGCUCCUCGAACUCGUCGAGCUCGAAGUCCGUGAGUUGCUGUCUUCUUACGAGUUUCCCGGAGAUGAUGUCCCCAUCAUUUCCGGCUCCGCUUUAUUAGCUCUAGAAGCUCUUAUGGCUAACCCCGCUAUUAAGCGAGGUGAGGAUAAGUGGGUCGAUAAGAUUUACGAGCUUAUGGACUCAGUUGAUAGUUACAUUCCCAUUCCUCAACGGCAGACUGAGCUGCCGUUUUUGAUGGCAAUCGAGGAUGUGUUCUCUAUCACCGGCCGUGGGACUGUCGCCACUGGCCGUGUCGAGAGGGGUACUAUUAAGACUGGUGAUAAUGUUGACAUUGUUGGGUUGAAGGACACUAGGAGCACCACUGUGACUGGUGUGGAGAUGUUUCAGAAGAUUCUCGAUGAGGCCAUGGCUGGUGACAAUGUGGGGCUGCUGCUUAGGGGUAUUCAGAAGAUUGAUAUUCAGAGAGGGAUGGUGUUGGCUAAGCCGGGGACUAUUACCCCGCAUACUAAGUUUGAGGCGAUUGUCUAUGUGUUGAAGAAGGAGGAGGGCGGUAGGCAUUCGCCAUUUUUCUCGGGGUAUAGGCCACAGUUUUACAUGAGGACUACUGAUGUGACCGGGAAAGUGACGCAGAUUAUGAAUGAUAAGGAUGAGGAGUCCAAGAUGGUUAUGCCUGGUGAUCGUGUCAAGAUUGUUGUGGAGUUGAUUGUGCCUGUGGCUUGUGAGUCGGGGAUGAGGUUUGCUAUCAGAGAAGGAGGGAAGACUGUCGGAGCAGGUGUCAUUGGAGCCAUACUUGAGUGAUAGAAAAGGAGAGCUGGCUUGGUGAUCUUCACUUUGUUUUUGUGGUGUCAAACUCGAACUCUAAACUUAAUUUUAUUUAGUUUUGACAUUUUUAAGCGAUUUUCACCAUCAAAUGUUAUAUAUUUUGUAGGUUCAUUUGCCAUUUGUUCUG